UAGCGGAAGUAGCGUUAGUCACUGUUUUGGUAUUGAAUCAACUACUUCCGUGGAACUUUUUAACAGCAAAAAAACGGUUGGGGCUUAGGUUGAAGAGAUGAGUACUACUAGUCCCAAUGGUUUGGGGACCCUACAGAUCAAGUGGGACCCCAAAAAUUUGGAGAUCCGGACCAAAUCAGUGGAAAAAACACUGGAGCCAUUGGUCACACAGGUGACCACUUUGGUGAACCAGAAGAGCCCAUCCAACAAGAAGAAGGGCCGAUCAAAGAAAGCCCACAUCCUCAGCGCAGCUGUACAGAGAGCCACAGAAAACUUCAUCGCAAAGGGCCACGAAAUUGCCAACGAAAACCCAGACAUCCGAGCCGAUCUUAUUGCAGCAUUGGACGAAGUGAAGAAAACAGGAGAGGAGAUGAGAGAUGCCUCCCAGGAUUUUGCGGCUGACCCCUGCUCGUCUAUGAAGCGUGGUGCCAUGGUGAGGGCGGCCCGAGCUCUCCUGUCUGCGGUUACAAGACUUCUCAUCCUCGCGGACAUGGUGGAUGUGCAUCUGUUAAUGAAGUCUCUCAGACUGGUUGAGGGUGACCUUGACCGCGUAAGGAAUGCAGCCAGCCAACAGGAGCUUAUGGAUGGAUUCAAAGACCUGGGAGAAAGCUUGGCUGACCUCGCUGCCAAGGCUCAGCAGAGACAAAAUGAUCUAAAGGACCCUCGGAGGCGUGAUGAGAUUGCAGCAGCUCGGGCCGUCCUUAAGAAAAAUAGUAUGAUGCUCCUCACAGCCUCAAAGGCUUACAUCCGCCACCCUGAACUAGCUCCAGCCCGAGAGAAUCGGGACUUUUCUUACCAACAGCUCCUGGACGCUGUCAACACCAUCUCGGGAGUAGCACAAGCUUCCGGGGCAUCCGAUGCUCAUCCUUACGAUGGGGCCGGAGAACUGGCUGCAGCACUUGAUGAACUCAUGCAAAAGAUAAUCAUGGAUCCUUUAUCCUAUAAUGAAGUACGAACCCGACAGUCCCUGGAGGAGAGGUUGGAGAGUAUCAUCAGUGGCGCCGCCCUGAUGGCUGAUUCCUCCUGUACCCGUGACGACAGACGGGAGAAGAUUGUACGCGAAUGUAACAAUGUUCGACAGGCCCUCCAGGAUCUUCUGUCGGAGUACAUGAGUAAUUGUCACAUACCAGCAUCCUUGUUUGGAAAGUUGAAUCCCUCCGUGGUUCAGCGAGUCAUUGGCUACUCCUCUGGACGUAGUGAGCCUAGUGAAGGAUUGGAACAGGCCAUAGAAAACAUGCAGAAGAAAACACAGGAUUUACGUAGACAGUUGAGAAAAGCUGUGGUUGACCACGUGUCUGACUCCUUCCUGGAAACCAACGUGCCCCUGCUGGUCCUCAUUGAGGCCGCCAAGGCUGGAGACGAGAAGGGUGUGGAGGAGUACGCCAAGGUGUUCGCAGAACACGCCAACAAACUUGUUGAGGUGGCAAGACUGGCCUGUUCCAUGUCCAGUAAUGAAGAGGGGGUGAAGCUUGUCCGCAUGUCCGCUGCCCAGAUAGAGAGCCUCUGUCCCCAGGUCAUUAAUGCAGCCCGCAUUUUGGCCAGUCGUCCAAGGUCAAAGGUUGCUCAGGAAAACAUGGAUGUCUUCAAGGACACAUGGGAAGGUCAAGUGAGGAUAUUGACCGACGCUGUGGAUGACAUCACAACCAUUGAUGACUUCCUGGCUGUGUCAGAAAGCCACAUCCUUGAGGAUGUCAACAAGUGUGUUUUGGCCCUACAGGAGGGAGACGCUGACACACUUGACCGCACAGCUGGAGCGAUCCGUGGGCGGUCAGCAAGAGUGUGUAACGUGGUGUCGGCGGAGAUGGACAACUACGAGAAUGGCAAUUACACUGAUAGAGUCAUGGAGGCUGUUGCCAUGCUUCGUGAUCAGGUGAUGCCUAACUUUGCGGAGAAGGUGGAGAAUGCUGUAGAUGCCCUUAGCAGCAAUCCCCCACGUGACCCUGAUGAGAGUGAUUUUUACGAUGCUUCCCAGCUGGUGUAUGAUGGAGUACGUGAUAUUCGCCAGGCGGUGCUAAUGAACAGGAAUCCAGAGGACAUUGAGACAGAUACGGAGGUGGACUUUGAAGAGAACAAAGAGGAGACUAUCAGUAAAUCGAGUUACAAGACGGAGCAGGAUGAGCAGGACAGCGAAAGGUGGAUGAUGCGCCACCUUCCGGAGGAUGCCAAGGAGAAAAUCCAGCAACAUGUUCAGGAGUUCCAGGUGGAGCGUCGCAAGCUGGACUACGAGGUCGCUAAGUGGGACGACAGUGGCAAUGACAUCAUCGUCAUGGCUAAGGAGAUGUGUAUGAUUAUGAUGGAGAUGACAGACUUCACUAGGGGUCGAGGACCACUGAAGAGCACCAUGCAUGUCAUCAAUGCUGCCAAGAAAAUCUCCGAAGCUGGAACAGGUCUGGACAAACUGGCUCGGUCCAUUGCUGAUCAGCUGUAUGCUGGUUGUCCAGACUCAGCCUCCAAGAAGGACUUAUUGGCCUACCUCCAGAGGAUCGCCCUGUACUGCCACCAGCUCAACAUCACCAGCAAGGUCAAGGCCGAUGUCCAGAGUGUCAGUGGGGAGCUCAUUGUGUCCGGGUUGGACAGCGCUACGUCCCUGAUCCAGGCGGCUAAGAACCUGAUGAACGCCGUAGUACUCACAGUAAAGGCCUGCUAUGUGGCCUCCACCAAGUACAAGGUGGCUGGGACAAAGAGUUCCGUGGUCAUGUGGAAGAUGAAAGCCCCAGAGAAAAAGCCGUUGGUGAUGAAGGAGAACCCGCUCGACAUACGCGGAAAGAUACGUAAGAGCGCACCAAAGAAAAGGAUUGAACCGGUCAAGGAACUUAGUGAAUUCUCAGAACUUAAUAUUGACAGCAUGUGCUGAUAGUUUGACCAAAACUUGGACUAGAGACACAAAAUUCUACUACCCAUCUCGCUAGACUCUCAGAUCCUCUGGUGAAUAAGGAACUUUUAGCUUUGAGCUUGUAAGCAGACACAACUCCACUGAAGCUAUAGUAAUAGUUAUUCAGUGUCUCAAAGAGGCCACGUUGUUAGUCCUGGGUUGUCAGGAGUUUCUGAUAUCCCUGCUUGUUAAGGUCCAGGGCUUUGUCUUGUAGCAGAAACCACUGUCAGAAUAAUGAUCCUAAUGGGACAUUGAAAUAAAAGGUUGUGGAAUGUAUCUGCCAUAUUUACAGGUGACGUUCACGCCAAGAAUCGUAUGUGAAGGUGCGUUACCAGUAAUUGAGAAUAUAUAUACAAUAUGCAUGGAAAGUAUUAACGAUUAAUUAAUAUACAUUAUAUUACUGUCUGUAAAUUAAGAUAUUUUUUUUAUGAUGUUAUCAUAUCACCCGCCGUCUCCAUGUAACGUCUACAUUUCAUUAGUGGUGUUUUAUUGUCGUGUUAAGAUGUGUUGUUACGUCAUUUUUGUCUCUCUAAGUACGUCACAAGAGACCAAUACUGCGCAACGGAAGUUUUACGCCUCUCUGAAUACUGCAUAGUGCUUUAAUACUUCAGGGGUCCAAUAUUGGUAAGAUUUAGUUUGUGAUUUUGAUUCCACUAAAAUGGUCUCAAAGAAAUUUAUUACACAGGGGUGAAUUGUAAUGACAACAAAAUUUCAAGUUGUUUACCAGCAUAACACUUAAAUGUAUUUUUUUUAUCCUCUAGGAAUGAUUUUAUUUUUGCUAUGGGCAUAAAAAUAUACAAGAUUAUUUAGUUCAAGUUCCGAUUUAAAACUGUACUUAAAUAGCUAUUUAUAGACAUUCUGUUUUAUACAUAAAAUGAAUUUAUCAGUUCACAGCAGUAACUAUUCUUCGAAUUUGAUUAUAAAAUGAGACAUGGAUUGAUUUAAACAGAAAAUCCAAUGACUGAAAUGUGACAUCGGCUUUCAGUAGAUCCUUACAACACGCUUUUGACUCCCCAAAAUGAACUUUGACUCUUGGUACAUUUUGGCUCUCCAAAAAAACAGGGAACAUUUUCUUUAACUUCUGAAAUUGCUAAAUGUCAAGAGACAACAACUGAAUGCCCUGCUGCUGCAGAACUCAAAGUCAUGGAAACGUUUUUCUUGGCUUUGAAUUGAUAUAGAUUAAGAUUUGAAUGGAUUUUGAUAGUGUACCUUGUUAUGCCCGGUAUAUGGAUCUGAUCACAUAUCACAUAGAAACCAUAUCACAAGGGAUCAUUGUUAUUUGGGGCGCAUUUACUACGAGCAGCCGCGGCUCACUCAUCGUUAACACAUGUAGAGGGUUGAUAGUGUUGGUUGCUCAUUUCAACAUAAAAACUCAUUGUUUCGAGAGACUUCAAGCUUUAGCAUGACGUCAUAUUCAAUGUUGCAAUUUUUUACUAUAAAUUUAAUUUUGUUUUCAUUCAUCAGUAAUGGUUGUGCAUACAGACAACUGUUGAAAAGUUCACGUAAUUACUUAAUUUUUCAAUCAGUCCAUAACCUGGAGUUUUUAAAGGAAUUUUACACUCUAUAUUAAACAGUUUUUUUGCUGUACCAUAUUUAUAUUCAAAUAAAUAUAUAUUUAUUGAAUGAUUGAUGAAUAAGAAGUGCUAAUAUAAUACAAUCUACACAAUAAGGUAUAACCAGAAAUCCUAAAUCACCUAUGACAGUGAAACCUGUCUUAUCUGGCCCCUGAAUAUUCUGUCAUCUUGUCUAAUCUGACACCUGCAUUUUCAAACAACCUGUGCAAUAUGAACCCUGAUCAUUUCGACUCCCUGUAAUGCUGUAGCACCAUUUCUUCUGAAAACUACCAAAGAAGACCUGUGUUCACCAACAUCCUGUUUAAUCUGACAAAGUUGUUGUGUUCCACAGGGUGUCAGAUUAGACAGACUUCACUGUGGAUAUUUGGAAGAUAUUUAUUUGUAUAUUUACUCAUGAAAUCAGUUGUGGUUGUGUAUCAGGGCCCACUUGUAUAAAACAUCUCAAAGUUAAGGAAAAUCUCGAGCAAUGUAUUGUCUAUGGGAAAUCUUAUUCUGGAGGAAAUCUCAAGAGUUGAGAUGUUUUAUACAGGUGGGCCCAGGCUUGUAUGUGGCUGUUGUUGAUGUCUGUGAUGUAAUGAUUUAAUGUUGACCAUUGUUACUCUGGUUGGAUCAUUGUCCAUUCAUUACAGUAUCAAAGAGAGUCUCCCUCCCUGAGAGGACACACUGUACUGCAGUAUAUCUAAAACAUUGUAAAACUGUCGCGACGAAGCCUCAAGUUUGGAGGCAAAUCUAGCGAGGCGGCCAAAUAAACUUAAAAGAACACACCUAACUGGUGACACUACUAGAGUAGGUUGUGACUAUAGCCACUUUCUCUAUAUAGUCCUAAUUACUAGUUACAUCGGGCUUCAUUCAGAAAAUGGCUUGUUAGUAAAAAAAAGACCAUGCUAGUGUUUUAUUAAGAUAAACAAUUUCGAUAGUUGUGAAAUAAAAUAAAAUCUUGUGAUGAUGAAUUUGCUGAGAUCAUGGGAAAAUAUUGUUGUUGAAUAUUUUUCAAAUUUAAUUUCUCACUUGCGCUAUGCAUUAUUAGAAUUCACUCCACUUGCGAAAUAUAUAACUUGUUGAUCAGGAAACCAAUCCUCUUAUAUACUGUGUACAGAUUUGAUUUCAUACCCUGUAAUUUUAACCUUUGUGGAAAAAUACUAACUUUUGUGGUGUUAAGAAUUCACGAUUUAGAAUUAUGAGGUAAAAUGUAUGUAAAUUGUAAUUAACUCUUUCACCCCUAAAGAGACAUUUGAACUCUUCCAAUUCAAUGGUUGGAAUAGAACACUAUGGAAUUUCAGGGGUGAAUGAGUUCAAUGACGACAUGCAAGGUAUUACCAGAAAAAAAUCGCUGUACUUUGAAAAUUAAUUGCUGUGACAAUAAAUAUGUAUAUACAGAAAUUAACUUUAUCGGCAUUAUAGGUUAUAAAUUAGACCUAAAUGUGUUAUUGAAAAGCAAAUGAAUUUGUUGCACCUAGUUCCAGUUCGUUAGUUUGUACAUAUGAAAUCUUGAAGGCAUCUUCAGGUAUGCUUGCCAGUCAAACAUAUUAUGUAGGUUUUUUAAGGAAAUGGGAAUAUUAUAUAGUGACUGUUUAUUUGUCCAGUAGAAUCUCUAUAGUAAAGAUUGUUUGUGUUUUACAUCCUAUGAAGAGCUAUAUAAGGGCGUGUCAGGUUUUGGUGGUGCAGGAAAGCCGGAGUACCCGGAGAAAAAACACCGACCUGCCGCCAGUAUGUGGUGACUGCCUCACGUAGGUCUCUAACCCGCGACCAUGUGGUGGAGGGCUAGUGGUAGCAGAAUGUCAGACGCCUUCACCACUCAGCCACCACGCCCCCUCUCUAUAGUAACCCAGAACCUAGUCAUGUUAUCCUGAACAUAUUAUAUAUGAAUUACAUAAACAGGACAGCUUGUUCAACAAACCGAUCCCCUACACAGCACCCACUUAAAUUAAUGUUUGUAUCAUUUAACUUGGCAUCACUCGGCGUAAGUGAUGGAGAAACAAUCAGACCUGCUGAAUUUUCAGGGCUGUAGGGAAGUGUAUAAUCAUAAGUGUAUACAAAUUUAGGAGUAAAUAAAAGUUUUUCAACUUUUUAAUUAUGGUAGGUGGGAUUUUCUACUUAAGUUGGAAGUAAACCAAAUUCUAAGCUUAUUGCAAAACCGUUUGAGAAAUCUUGCUUUUGAAACUUUACUUUUGAUUGAAAAGAAAUUAAGAUUAAUUUAAUUAGAUUUUGACCUUAAACAUUAAUAAAGGUAAGUUUUUGUAGUCUAACCCCACCCCCCACCCCCAGGAUCAGAUAUAUCAAAACUUGCAUGUUAUAAUUGUAUGUUAUGUGAAUGCAUGUUACUUUUGUAUUUGACAUGAAUGUCCAGUUUAUCAAACCAAAACAGAACAAAUACUAUAUUGACUAUAUUAAGUGUACUUAAAAACAAAUGAAGAUACAUACAGCUGAGAUAGAUUUUCAUAUAUAAUAAGUUUUUAUUUAUGUAAAUGUUUUAUGCAUGCUAUCGUACACGGAUCCUCAGAAUGACUUCCUUUAUAUCUUUUUGAUCUCGUGUAGAAGAUAAUAAUUGUUGACACCUUAGAUAUGUGAAAUGAACAGGACAGGAUCUUAUAUCCUGAGCUUUGACUUUAUUUUAGUAUUGAAUGAUGGAGAAUACGAAAAUUAUGAUUUUAUUGAGAAUGGAUGUGAGUUUAACAUUUUAUUUGUUAGAUUGUUAGACAUUUUACACUCGGUUGUGACAGAAUGACUUGUUUUGAUUCAUUGUUGUUUUAAUUAAUAUUCUGACAUAGUUUUUUUCAUGAAAUUUGUUUAUUGUAAUAUGUCCUUUCAAUCAAAAAAAGUUUUGAUUAGGAUUUAUUUACAAAAUGGUUCCUCCCAUUGAAAGGUCACAUAUUUGUGCUUACUGACUUCCCAAAAGAGUUCUGCACUAUCUUUCAAGAACAGUACAGUAAAACCUUGUUAUACUGCCACCAAUUGUCCAGAGAAAUUUUGGCAUUAUAAAGGGAUUUGACAAUAAAUGAAGGGAAAAGUUUAAUGGAAUUCAUAAGAAAUCAAGAAAAAUGGCCCUUGAAAUAUGCUGGUUGUGUAAGAGGUGACAAAAGUUGAACUUUUGAAUUAUUAAGUGAAAUUCAAAAGUAUAUUGUGCACCAUAACUUAGAUAAAAAUCAUGAUUUUGUAUUAAAGAAACACACUUAAUGCAUUUGUUAGGAGUUAAGUUGACCAUGCAUGAAACAAAUUGACCUUCGUUACACUGCUUUCCUAUUUGUGUGUAAGCAUUGUCAGCUUUGACAUGAGGACCAGCCUACAGCCAUCCAUGGUAGAUUAUGAUAUAUAUGUCUUUAAUUUCUUGUUUUGUCACGGUUAUUUUUAACAAUAACGUUUUACUUAGACAGAUACAU